AUGGAAGCUACGCUUGCAUAUAGCAGAGUUGCCCUUACAGUCAUAACAAUAUCAUGGGGCCUCUUAUGUUUCAUCGCUUAUCCUGCAAUUGCGUGCCCCCUCACUGAAAGAAAUCUUCUCCUGGACUUCAAGGAAGCAGUUGUAGAUGAGGAGAGAAAGCUAAGUUCCUGGCACGGAUUGAAUUGCUGCACAUGGAGUGGGGUUGGUUGUAACUUCGGCACAGGCCAUGUUUCUUUACUCGAUUUGAGUGGAUACGAGUUGGAGGGUUACAUCCAUUCAUCGUUGUUCGAACUUGCAGAGUUAGAGCACCUCGAUCUCAGUGAGAACUACUUCAAAGGUACAUUCGCUCCACAUAUUGGAAUGUUAAAGAAACUCACUUUUCUUAAUUUGUUUGAUGCUGGCGAUGUAAAUGAAUUCUAUGUAAGUGAAUUUAAUGUGAGUUUGGAAAGCUUAUCAAAUCUGGUAAGCUUGGAAAAUCUGUGUCUGGAUGGAGUAAACAUCUCUGUAAGCAAAGGGUGGGGUGAAGCUGUUGGCAAUCUACACAACCUUCAACAACUCAGCAUGUCUGACUGUGGGCUUAGCGGACCAAUUCCCAAUUUCCUGCUCAACCUCACUUCUCUCCUUCAUCUCCGUCUUUCACAGAAUUCUUUGUCAGCGCAAAUACCUGCUUGGUUUGAAAAUGUGACUGCCCACUUGGUGUCACUUGAUCUCUCCGACAAUUACAAUCUUGGAGGAGAUAUUUCUGUCAUAGGGCAACAUAUUUCUCCGUCACUGACUAGCAUUAUUCUUUCACGGACAGCUGUGGAGGGCGAAAUUCCAUCUGCUAUAGGGAAUAUGUCAUCCUUGGAGAUUCUUCGUCUGUUCAAUACUAGUAUUGAAGGUAAAAUUCCUCUGUCCAUCGCGAAUCUCUCUAAACUUGUUUGUUUGGAUCUGUUCUACAACAAGUUAACGGGGUCAAUCCCACCUUCGUUGGGAACACUUUCUUCCCUUUCAUAUCUUGACCUCAGGCACAAUCAAUUCGAUGGCCCAAUUCCACACACAGUUUCAGAUCUUGUUAGCAUAAAACACCUUUGGCUGAACUCCAAUAGUUUAAGUGGCUCCAUUUCCCUUUCUCUCUUCGAUAAUCUCACUAGACUUGAAUAUCUGUUCCUUUCCGAUAAUCACCUAACUGUGACUAGUGAUUCAACAUGGCUUCCACAGUUUAAAAACCUCAGGGCUCUGCGACUAUCUUCCUGCAAGUUAGAAAGAAUUCCACCGUUUCUAGUGACCCAAUAUGACUUGAUAGAGCUGGAUCUGUCUGCUAACAGCAUCGCAACAAAUAUUCCAUCAUGGAUAUGGGACUUGACCAGUCUUUAUUAUUUGAACCUUAGUUGCAACCAAUUAACAGGUUCGCUGCCGUCUGGUCUAACAUUCAUGAAGCUUUCGUAUCUCGAUCUGCACAGUAACAGCUUAGAAGGUCCUCUUCCUCUUCCUCCUGAUGCUCACCUGUUGGAUCUGUCGGUUAAUCAUUUUAAUGGUUCUAUUCCUGCUGAUUGGGGUGCAUACCUUUCAAAUAUGUGGUUUUUAUCCUUGUCGGGGAACAAUCUCAGUGGAGCCAUUCCAGAUUCCAUUUGCCCUUCAGAUUUGCAAGUUCUUGACCUCUCAAGUAAUAUGCUGAGCAGCAUUCCUCCUCAUUUGACAAGGAAAUGUUCUGUUCUCAGUGUUCUAGAUUUGGCGCAGAAUCAUCUGGAAGGUAAAAUUCCAGCAGAAUGGAGAAACCUGAAACAGCUUAAUACAUUGAAGCUUGCUGGUAAUCAGUUGAGAGGAGUUCUUCCGUCUUCGCUUUCAAAAUGCCGCUCUCUGCAAGUAUUGGAUUUGGGAAAUAAUAAUUUACAAGGCACAAUCCCCCAUUGGAUUGGAAAGCUAUCACAACUGCAUGUGUUGGUGUUAAGGUCCAAUCAUUUCCAUGGCAGUGUCCCACACCAGGUGAUUCACCUUCCAAAUCUUCAAAUUCUGGACCUUUCACACAACCACCUUUCAGGACCUAUCCCAAGCAACCUUACAAACUUGCUUGCAAUGGUCAAUGCAUCACAGAGUAAUCCAAACCAUUUGGAAAAGCAUACUAACGAUAAUACAAUAUAUACAAAUAAAAUUGCAAUUUCCUGGAAAGGUGCCGAUGCUGAGUUUGUGAAAGUUCUUUUCAUUCUUAAAUGUAUUGAUCUUUCAAACAACAAUUUAUCGGGGAAUAUUCCUCUCACAAUGGGAUCCCUUAAGGGCUUGAUAGCCCUUAAUAUUUCAAGAAAUCAUCUCAGUGGCCAAAUCCCGAAGACACUGGGAGGCAUGGAUCAGCUAGAGUCUCUGGACCUCUCACUAAACAGGCUGAAUGGCGAAAUUCCGUUAGAACUUCAGUUGCUGAGUUAUUUGCAGUUCUUGAAUCUAUCUUACAACAUGCUUGAUGGAAAAGUACCCCACGGGGGGCAGUUUCUAACCUUUGGGGAGUCGUCCUACUUAGGCAAUCCUAAGCUAAGUGGGAUUCCAUUUACCAAUACAAGAGUCUGCAACAACUCUUCUGGCUAUGACAACUGCACAAGUAUUGAUACAAUUGGUAAAGUAGAGAAUUCAGAUGGUGAAAUGAAAGGGUGGGGGAUCGGACUUGGAUUGAGUUAUGGUUUGGGAUUCUCUAUUGUGAUUGGAAUAUUGACUUUCAAUAAGAGGGUGAGAGGGAGAGUCUUCAAUUUGUAUGAUGAUGCAAUUUUAGCUGUUGAUCGGUGUAUAACAGGGAAUAAGUUCAAGUAG